AAAAAAACGAAGGGGAACCACCUGUAAAAAUCCAUAUCUUUUAAAACAGAAACUGAAAAUCAAAGAGACUCAGUAAUAAAGUGAUAACUACAACUAUAAUGUUUCAAACUCCAAACUACAAACAGAAUCUGUCACUACGGCUGUCUGAGGUCCUUGAUGAUGUUGGUGUCAAUGAGGAAAUGGUACUCAAGAGGAAAAGAGCAACCCUACUGUAUGAAACUAUAACGACAAUUACAAGCAGGUCUAUAAGCAAUAGGUCCAUGUACAGGUUUGGCAGUACUUCUGAGGGCACAACAACAAUAGGACUUCAUUCAGAUUUAGACUGUCUAUGGUGUGAUCAUGAUUAUAAUGUGAUACAGGACGUUGCAGACUGGAAACCUGGCUUCAGUAAUCUAUUAAUGAUCCAAGAUAAUACCACAUCACCUGGCUACUGUUUUCUACAACAGUUCAGAAAUGAUGUACCUCUUCCUGUUACACAUGUUCUAGAUGAGGACUAUAUUAGAGAUGCAAGUGGGAGGGUGUUGCUGAAAAAUACUUUGUAUAGAGAUAAUAUACCUGCAGGUUUGGUACAACAUGGUCCGUCAUGGGCUAUACUGGGAGUACCAGGAAAAACAGACUAUAAUCACGUUCCUGCCUUCCACUGUAAUUCAUGGCCCUAUGAAGCAAAAGCCUGGUUAGAAAGACAAGGAACAGGAAGAUGGCCGGCUGAAGGCAUGAAGAGAUUAGCAGCAAAUACUGGUUGUUUUGUUGUUCCUGUUGGAAGUAAAGUUAGCCAGAAUCCAGAGCUUGAAUGGAGAAUUUCUACAUCACAUGCAGAGAGAUAUUUAAUGUUUAGUUUAAACAUUACACAAAUACGCUGUUAUGUGUUGAUGAAAAUGAUUCUGAAAACAUUUUUUCAUCAUGCUUGUGAAAGUCAAAUUACAACCUUUGUGUGUAAAACAGUUCUGUUACAUUGUAUUGAAAACACACAUUCUCAUGCAUGGCAGGAAAAUAAUUUAUUUACUUGUUUAUCAUGUUGUUUACAUGUCCUGUACAACUGUUUACAACAAGAAAUCUGCCCACAUUUCAUUGUACCUGAAAACAACCUGAUGGCAGGACAGUUUUCAUCUGAAGUCAAAGCUCUGUUGCUAGAAAGAAUGUCUUAUCUAAUACAAAGUGAUGGACAGGCAUUGCUCAGGGUUCACAUUGAUGACCUUGGUCAAAGACUACAGAUUAAACUGAACAUGUUAUAUCAGAAAGCAGAAAAUAUUCCAUCUAAAAAUGAUAGCUGUCUCCAGAUUUCAGGAUUAUUAUUACUAGCAAUAGCUGAUGCAACCAGUGGGUGUAUUAGUAAAACAUUAUCAGAAACCAUUCCGAACAGUCCUGCAACAGCUGUACAGAACCUGCUCAAUGUAUUAGCAAAUCAUGAGAGAUAUUAUAAAGAAGGGAGUAAGUUAGAACAGAGAGCAUGCAGUUUCCUUGCACCACUGGUAUGCUCAACACUGGGAAGUGUAAUAACCUCAAAUAAUAUUCAGACAAACAACACCAUACCUCCAGAAGCACUAGACUGGUUAUCUGCAGGCCUGAAUUCUGAUGUUGCUUCUGGUAAACUGAAACUUGCAUCUGUGUUCUACAGUGUAAGGAAUUUGGAAAACACAGAAUUCAUUUUAAGAAAUACAAAGGGACACUAUGACUUCAAAAAGGUUGAGCCUAUAUGUAGCUGCUGUGGUUUUAGCAGAAACGGAUUACGGAGAAUAUUUUUAGAAGUGGCAUAUCAUCAAAAUGAAGAAGUUUUAAGAAAUGUCAGUGCAUUUUGUGUCAUACUUACUCCUGCUGAAAUUCAUUGUGUUCCACGUGAACUGCACUAUGAAAUGUUUAGAUCAACUGGAGAUGACUUACUGCAUAGAAAUGAAGAUACUGACUACUGGAUGGAUUGGGCUGUAGUAGAUUCUCUGCCUUACCUCUAUUUCCUACAAUACAAGACAUACAAAUAUCUUCAAAAGUUUGAUGAUCAAAAUCAUGCACUUGUAAUGCUUGCAAUAUCAGCUGGAAUACAACAAAACCUUGGACACAGGGAAACAGCCCUGAAUCUACUAGGACAGUGCUUGGAACAGGAGAACCAACCUAACAAAGCUUUACUCUGCUACAUGAGAUCACUGAAGGUUAGAGAAAGAAAUAACAUAGCAAAAGUCCACAUCUGCAGAAUGUUUGCAAACUUGAUAUCUAAUACAUGAAAUUUCACACUCGUGCAAAACAUUUCUCUUUGGUAAAUGAAACCAAAUCUGCAUAUAAACUUUUUACUUUCUUUGUGAGGCAGUUGACAGAAUGUAUUACUUUCCUUGAUACUGGUAGUAUGCCUUAUGCUGUAUAGAACCCUCAACACAUCUGGCAGGUCUGAAAGGUCUGACUUUUGUCUGCACAAAUCCUUGCUUAAGCCAGUUCUACAUGUCCACUGGUAGACAGGAAGUGAUAUUGUUUCAUUAUUUAACACGAAAUAUAUUCUAGACAAGAAUAGUCAGGACCCUGAGUAACAAGUGAAUGAAGUAUUGCCAUGCAAUACAAAGUCCCCUACUGGAAGGCACCUAAUUUUCUCUACUGCAGUAUAACAUAAUGAACUGAUACCUGUCAAUGAUGUAUAAACAAUAUUGUACUUUAUAUACAAUAUGUUCUAACAAAACAAUUGGAUUAAAUUUUGCAUAUAUAAAAACCUGUUUUCGUAUGUAAUUUUACAGCCAACUAUAAAAAAUGAUGCUUUGCAUUGAGAUUAAAAGGUUUUCAAAUUA